AAUCAGCGAAAAGAAGGAAAGAUGUAUAAUGAACUUUUGUUUUUCUUGAUUGUAGAAUGUGUCAAGAUGCGAUCUAUGUCCUCCCUAUGUGCCGUUGUCACGGUUCUACUUCAUGUUCUAUCCAGUUUUGCAUAUGGACAAAGACAGGAGCUAGGCAUGUUCUUCACCAGGCAUCCUCAACCCUUGGAUGCUCCAAUCGGCGAUGACGUAAAUUUUGAAUGCAAUUUAAAUCUCGGCGCAGACCGUUUCUCCUGGCAUCAUAGACCAUUGGGUGCAAAUAAGUGGUUGUCAGUUUUCCACACACUUAGUAAUGGUGACAAAACAUCUAGGCACGUGGUAAACUUCGAUAACGAAUCGAAAGCUGGAGAUUACCGUUGCAUUGCUUUUUAUGGUUCAAGUGGUUUAGCUUCUGACCCAGCAAGAUUAACGCUUGCUACAUUACAGAAGUUUUCCGAUAAGACCGACAUUAUUAUGAACGUUCCAGCAGGGAAUAUCGUGCCUAUCACCUGUCCUGUGCCUUACUCUGCCCCGGAGGCGAUAGUUCAAUUUUACAAAGAUAAUAAUCCUUUACAAAAUGUUAACAUAAUUGGUAGCAAAACCAUGGUUAUUGAAAAUGUUAAAGUAUCGAACAAUGGAUCUUAUCAUUGUACCGCUAGCAAUUAUAUAACUACACAACUAUAUUCAAGUAAUCAUAAAAUAAUUCUAAAUGUACUCACGAACAACAGCUUUUUAGCACCAUAUUUUAUUAAACAACCACAAACAGAGUAUAAAGUUUUACGAGGCAAAAACGUAACUUUGGAGUGCUUUGGAGCUGGUUAUCCAGUGCCCUCUGUCACAUGGAGUAGAUUAGGUGGAGUAUUGCCAUCGAACUCCAUUAAAACUCCGAUGGGUCUAACGAUAAUUAACGUUCAGUCAGCAGAUAGAGGGGAAUACGAUUGUGUAUGGAGUAGCAAAAAUAUGCACAUCAAGUCCGUAAUCAUACUAAAAGUUAUGGAAAUCCCAAAAGUAACUAAACCGCCGAAAGCGUCUACAUUCUCUGAGGGUGGAGAAUUGGAGCUUUCUUGCGCGGUAACUGGCGAACCACAGCCAAAAGUCGAAUGGUUAAUUAAUGGGGAAUCUUUGACUCCCGGCGAUGGAGUGGAAAUGAAUAUGGAAAUCAAAGGUUCCACACUUCUUAUUUCUGAAGUUGAAAAAAAACACGCUGGUAUUGUCCAGUGCGUUGCAAGCAACGAGUAUGGGUCUCAUUCUGGUUGUAAUUUAUUAAGAGUAAAUCCUAAACAGCACAUUGGAACGACUGAAAUUAGACAGGAUUAUGGUAUUUCUAAUCCAAGACACAAACAUAUCAGGGGAGGGGGAAGAAGAAGAAGUAAAGAGGGAAAGCGUAAAGGAACUGCGGUGUUAGUACCACCGAACCAGCCAAACGUCACAAGACUCUCAGACAUGUCUGUAAUGGUUAGGUGGUCCGUACCCGAGAACACAGGAUUGCCAAUUCAAUUUUUUAAAGUUCAGUAUCGAGAACUUGGACAGAAGAUGAAUGGUAAACAAGCUAAAUGGAUGACCGCAAACUCAGAAAUACCGAAACACAUACGGUCGUUUGAAGUAACCGAUUUACAACCUAAUCAUACUUAUCGGUUCAGAAUUGCUGCAGUUUACUCAAACAAUGAUAAUAAACUUAGUCCUAACUCCGUGCGUUUUCAUCUUAACAAGGAUGGUGGAAUUGAGAGCAACAAAAUGCCAAUACCUCUAUUAACAAACACUGAAGCCUUAGGUCCACAGGAAGUACUACUUAUUUGGCAGAAUCUGGAUAAAUCAGCAGAUAUUGAUGGUUUCUACGUUUACCAUCGAGCUUCUACCUCAGCUGGAGAUUAUAUAAAAACUACGGUUGAAGGGAAAGAUUCUUUUAAUAUAACUAUUUCCCAUUUACAACCGGAUACGACGUACGAAUUCAAAGUGCAGAGUUUUUCUGUGGAUGCAGCUUCAGAAUUUUCUCAAAUCCUUCGACAAAAAACAAAAAAAGCUAUGAAUACGAACGAACAUAACGAUCACGAUAAUCGAAGUGAUCAUGGCAGCAAUUUAACGUUAGACAGCCGAGUAAGGCCCGCGGAUGAUAAAAAUGUAAAUAUGUACGUAAUAAUUGGCGGAGUUCUUGGUGGGUCGACUUUGUUGGGUAGUGUAACUGUUGUUGCAGUAGUGUAUAAGAGAACGAAGCACAAACAAAGCCGAGAAUUAUCACAAAGUGAAGGAAAGCCGAUAACAAACGGAAGAGUAAUAAAUGGUGGAGUAACUGACUCGAAAAUUAAUAUAACAUCAAAUCCUCUUGCUGGUCUUGAUACAUCUGAAGAUAUAAUACAGCCUAAGACUAUUCGAUAUUAAGAAGACUAGUCUUUUGUAGCUUUAGCAAUUGGUCGCGUGCUGUCCUUUAAAUUCUACUUGUACACUCUCUGCACUCUCUCUGGAAGCCGCUUUUCUUUCGUAUUUUCUGAACACCACACACGUACGUUAUAUAUUAUCUACAUGCCUGUGCUUCUCUGAAUGAGAUCUGAAAGAAGCGAAACGAACACACAUGUUUCUAAACAGACCGGGCAACAGUCACCGAUGGAAAUGGCCUCGUUUCUUAACGGGCAAAACAACAGCAACAACAACCAUAAC